AUGACACCCAAGAGUUGGUGGAAAGAGUUGGUUUAUGCGACAUUCAUUCAAGCGGGUAUUCAGCCCAAAGAAUUGGACCCUAAAUUUGACGAGCUGUAUCAUGCAAUUUACACUAGAUUCACUACUGCCGAGGCCUAUUCCGUAUUUCCUGACGUAUUAGGAACUUUGAAAGAGUUAAAAAUGCAUGGAUUUCAAAUGGGCGUCAUUAGUAACUCUGAUGAACGAGUGGUCAAAGUCAUUGAAAACCUAAAGCUGGAUAAAUAUUUCGAUUUCGUUCUGGCGAGUUCAUUAGCCGGAACAGAGAAACCCAACAGAUCAAUCUAUGAGCAGGCUCUAAAAUUAGCUGGGAAUAAUGUACGUGCACAAGAUGCGUUGCAUGUGGGUGAUGAUGUAAACAAGUAA